UGAGGCUAUUGCUUAAAAUAACAUUUCUACUGGCGCAUUUAUGUUUUUAGAUAGAAAAGCUUUACAAGUGACAGCCUGCUACUAAACUCCGUGAUUUAGCGUUGGCUUCAGGCAGACAGGAGUCAAGUAGGCAACGUCACACAAGGUCUGUGCUUUGGGAAGCUGUCAGAGGAAGCCUGGAGACCGCGAUCAGACAUGUGUUUUCUACACCUGCUCUCACUAUUAUGUGUGUGGCUGGUGGCUCCAUCUCCAGCCACUGGGGAUAAUCGAUACAAACAAGGGGAGCCAGUGAUGAUGUAUGUAAAUAAAGUGGGCCCAUAUCACAAUCCACAAGAGACUUAUCACUACUACCAACUUCCAGUAUGUGCUCCAGAGAAGAUCCGCCUCAAGAGCUUAACACUCGGAGAAGUGUUGGAUGGAGAUCGCAUGGCAGAGUCCUUGUACCGAAUUGCAUUCCGACAAAAUGCGGAAAGAGAAACUCUUUGUGAGAUGAAAUUAUCAAUCAGCCAAGUAGAGGAGCUGCGCACAGCUAUCGAAGAAUUGUAUUAUUUUGAGUUUAUGCUAGACGACAUUCCAAUACGUGGAUUUUUGGGUUACAUGGAAGAGAGUGGUUUCCUUCCACACACUCAUAAAAUCGGACUUUGGUCUCACUUGGACAUUAACAUUGAAUAUAAUGAUGAUAGAAUUAUUUAUGCUAAUGUCAGUGUACGUGAUGUCAAACCAUUCAGCUUAGAUGAUGUGAGGGAGACACUCAGUCUGACGCACACAUAUAGUGUACGUUGGUUUCCAAGUUCUGUAACAUAUGAGCGGCGUGGAGAUAGGCUUCGGGAUUCAAGUUUCUUCCCCAAGAGCCUGGAGAUUCACUGGCUCUCAAUAAUAAACUCUAUGGUGCUGGUCUUUCUACUCUUGGGUUUUGUUGUCAUCAUCCUAAUGCGUGUCUUGAAGAGUGAUUUGGCUCGAUAUAACCUAGAUGAAGAAGGAACAGAUGACAUGGAACAAGGAGACAACGGCUGGAAGAUCAUCCAUACAGAUGUGUUCCGCUUUCCACCAUACAGAAGUCUCUUAUGUGCAGUCCUUGGUGUGGGUUUUCAGUUCUUGGCCUUAGGAACAGGUAUUAUAGUCAUGGUUCUUCUGGGUCUGUUUAAUGUGCACAGACAUGGAGCAAUAAAUUCUGCAGCCAUCCUACUCUACGCCCUAACUUGCUGUGUUUCUGGGUAUGUGUCCAGUAAUUUCUACAGGCAACUUGGAGGAGAUCGUUGGGUUUGGAACAUCAUACUUACAACCAGCCUUUUCUCUGCACCCUUUUUCCUGACAUGGAGUGUGGUCAAUUCAGUGCACUGGGCCAAUGGCUCCACCCAAGCUCUCCCAGCAACCACCAUUCUGCUUCUUCUCACUGUGUGGCUGCUAGUUGGUUUCCCUCUCACUGUAAUUGGAGGCAUCUUUGGAAAAAACAGAGCAGGAAACUUUGAGGCUCCUUGUCGGACUAAGAACAUUUCCAGGGAAAUCCCUCGUCAACCUUGGUAUAAAUCAGCACCAGUACAUAUGGCGAUUGGAGGCUUUCUGCCCUUCAGUGCGAUCUCAGUGGAGCUAUAUUAUAUAUUCGCCACAGUUUGGGGUCGGGAACAAUAUACGCUGUAUGGAAUCCUGUUUAUUGUGUUUGCCAUCCUGCUGAGUGUGGGUGCUUGCAUCUCAGUAGCUCUAACAUACUUCCAGCUGUCAGGAGAAGACUAUCGGUGGUGGUGGCGCUCAGUCCUAAGCACAGGGUCAACUGGAGCAUUUAUCUUCCUCUAUUCAGUAUUCUAUUACUGGCGCCGAUCUAACAUGUCAGGAGUGGUUCAGACUGUCGAAUUCUUUGGAUAUUCUUUUCUAACAGCUUAUGUUUUUUUCUUAAUGCUUGGAGCUGUCAGCUUUACCGCAUCACUUCGAUUUAUACGCUAUAUAUACAUAAACCUGAAGAUGGACUAAGAGGUUGUAUCAGCAGCCGCCGCUGUGCUUUAUGUACUACAUUUGUGACUAUGGACUAAAUAUGGAAGAAGGGAAAUCAUAUUUACAGUUCGAUGAUAAGUGAUUUUGCAAUAGUUGGGCAGUAUGAUUGUCUAGAAAUAGACUGUGACGUGGAGAACCACCAACAGCUUGGUACAUGCGUUAGCGACUAUGGGGCAUGUUUAUAAAGCUGUGUAAAUAAAGCGGCAUUAGAAUACAAAUCUACUUUGCCACUUUAACUCCACGGUAAGUCUUUAAAAUCACAUGCAUUGAAAAAAGCAAAUAUGUAGCAGUGUGAAAAAUUCUGCUGGUAAUAGGUUUUAGCUUUGAGACAACAGAAUAACAGUAUUUGGCACCACUUGCUCUUGGGAUUUAUUGCUUUACUAUAGUUGCUUAAAUGUGCCCAGUGGAAAGCCUGGGUUAUUUUGAGUAGAAGAACCCUUUGAGCAUAUAAUUUCUUAAAUCUCAAAGCAUGUUUUGUCCUGGAAAGGAUUAAAGUCACGCCGGUACUAAUUUGAAUAAAAGUCGCUGUAUUAUUUUGAGAAUUAAUCAUGCUAUUUCCCAGCUUGCCUUUAUGUGCAACUAAAGCCCUGGCACAAUAUCACUUUUAUAUUAUUUAUGUAUUGCAGGGGGCUGCUAUACCCAUUGCUCUAUGUAGAUGCAGUCAAUGCCAAUCCUAAAUUACUCAACUGACUGCAGAUGUUAUCAGACUGCCCUGUAUUCUUAGGGACAAACCUUUCUCAUUGAUUUCAGAUUACUGUUAUAUCCAUGCUAUCACUGCUAAGGAUAAUAAGUGAUUGAGUGCCCCCCCAACAGUGAUUAGUAGUUCCCUGGAUGCAGUAAAAAACAGCCCCAGUUUUUAUAGCAAUUACUGGUACUUGCAGAACAUUGUAUUAAGAGCAAUUUGCCCAUGCCUAUUGAUUGCCUAAGCAACAAAACACUCAGAAUCACCCUGUGUUUCACUGGAGUUUGCUGCUGCAGAAAUUAUUUUUUUAUCAUUAAUUGAAUCUUUUGGUGUCGCUGUAAUUUCUUUUUUUUUUCCUCUCAAUACUUUUCUUUCUAAAGCAAAAAAAUUUUUUGGAUUGUUUUUGAUCUGUGCUGACAGAGUCUCCUGUAUGUUAUCUGGAAAUCUGUACAAUAUAUUUAUAUAUUGAUUUUUCUUUUUACAAAAUAAACAAUCACAGUUUUUUAUUCUUUC